GUCGCCUAGUGAAGCCAGUGACCGUCCUGAUGUGUCCGAGCGACACUGGAGCUUGUGCCAGUCCCUUGCUGCCAAGAAGGAGAUGUGUUUAUCGAGCCGUUGCCUAGCUAUUGUCGCGUAUUGGCCAUAUGAGGCGACAAAUAACUUCACACCGGUCUUGGAUUUAGCGAAUAUGCUUAUUGCACACUCGCUUCUACACUUACACACGUGGGACUCUCUAUUUGACAGUGAGGCUGGCAGUGACGUCGUAUUUCUUGUGGGGCCUGAGCAGUGGCGUUUCCCUGGUCACAAGGCUAUCUUGGCAGCUACUAAUCCAGUUUUCCAAGCCAUGUUGAAUGGUCCCAUGGCCUCUCAAGACACCACAAUUCCCAUUGAGGAUGUUGAUGGCCGAGCCUUUGACAAUCUCCUGCGGUACUUGUACAAAGAGUCGGUUCAGCUACAGUCCGUCUCAACAGCUCUUCACACACUGUAUGCUGCUUUCAAGUAUCAGUGUGGUGGGCUUGUGAAGAUCUGUGUUCGGUACCUUGAUUCUCAACUUGACAGUUCCUCUGUUCUUGAGGUCUACAGGCACCUUCGUAUCUACUAUAACCCUUCAGUUUUACCACAUUCAGACAUUCAACACAAUAGCUCUUCAUCACAGUUGUCAUCUGGCAGUCCAUCAGCUCCUCCUGAAGAAGACAUUGUGGGCAUGGGCCAUACUGCACAAGUCACGGAUGGACCUUACCAGUGUCUGCCCGCCUGCAGUGAAGACAUCACUGAUGCAAUGUCAUAUUGUGGUGCACUUCAACAUAACUGUCUGGAAUAUAUAGACAUGCAUACUAAAGAAGUUUUGGAACAAGAAAAGGUGGAGGAUUUGGAUCUUGAAGGACUUAGAAUCAUAGCUGAAAGGGAGACACUAACUAUACCAUUGGAGAGUGUCCUGUUCGAUGCCUUGGUCAGAUGGUGUAACCGUGAAUGCAAGAGGAAGAGACUGGAGUUAUCAGCAGAGAACAAACGAGCUGUUCUUGGUGAAGAGACUUUGUAUGCUGUUCGGUAUUUGCUUAUGAGUUCAGAAGAAUUCUUGGCGGGACCAAUGCAAAGUGGACUGCUUAACCAAACUGAGGUUAAUGUGAUUUUGGGAUAUAUUCUUCACCAUCCAGUUCAUGAAAACCCACAUCUUGCAAAAGUUAUACCUCAAAUGCGAACACCAAGAAAGAAACCUCAAGGGCAACCCAUUCCUCUCAGCCAAAGAUCAAGUAUUGGUGUCUGUGGCCAUGACAUAGUAAUGUCAGAAGUGGAUGGUUCUGCAUCAGGAAGUGCAAGGUGGUGGGGCGGAAGGAAAUCUAUUAAGAAGGCUGCUCAGAAGCAGAAGAAGCAAAAGAACCAACGGAGUACAGGUUCUCGCAUUAUGGAGUACGUUUUCACUGCUCUGUCAUGGGUGUUUGACUGACAGCUUUUAUACUUUAUUAUACUUUUAUAACUUAUUUUAUUCAUCUUAUAGAUGUAAAAACUAUAAAUGUUACUUAAAUGCUUGAUACAGCUAUUUUAAAUAUUGCAGACAUACAUUUGUAUAUCUUUUGUUUCAGUGGCCAUACAUGAAUGGAGUACUCAAGAGUACUUGUCAUGGGCAUUUGAGAGUUAG